AUGGCAGAUCCCGGCAUUCCCGGGUCCUGCCGAUCCGAUGCCAUACCCACUGUCGCGCCGCAUGUCAAAGCUGCGGGCCUCCUACUUACCCAACGCCGACCAUGCGAAUAUCGUACUAAGGCUGCGGCCACGUUUGAUCGCAUCUGCGUCGAGUCCUUCUUAUACCAAGCAUGCCUCAUGAUGAUAUUUGACCCGUCACUUGAUGCGCUCCCAGAGGAUCGGAAGCAGCUGGGGCUCCCUCUUUAUUUUGAUAAGCCUACAAGCCCAGCCUCUGCCUCUGAACAGACUAUUCUGCAGGCCUCUUACAAGUUCUUUCUUCUUAUUGCGGACGUGACGAAAUUGUCUCGGCUAUCAAGACCGCUUGAUAGCGCGGAAGUGACGAAGUGGCGAAGUCUAGAUUGUGAAUCGUCGCGCUGGAGUCACCUCAUCUGUUCAACCGACAUGUCUCUCGCGCUAUGCUACCUAGCACUUCAGAUUCUACUCCAAAAGGUGAAUCCAAACAUUACCUCCAGCCAGCGAACCCAGCGAAUGCAAUCGUGUCUAGCAGGGGGUUUACACAGGGUACCUGCGUUGGAGAUAGACAUUUACCCGCCAAUUUAUCUGCUAUGGCCCGUGGCUAUUCUCGGGGCUGUUUCCGUAAGGCUCGAGGAGAGGGAAGUUGUCCGAGAGGUUAUCGCCUCGAUAUCUGCUGCAAAGCUAGGUGGACAUGCAGCUUGGGUACAGAGGAAAUUAGACAAAGUCUGGACAGCCGUCAGUCCUGCACCGGAAAAACCACAAGUCAGUCUUAUUGGACUCCAGCUUCUGCUGGACCAGGGGUGA